AUGAGAGACUUGGAGAGAAGUGUGAAAAAGCUUACAGAUCCAAACCGAUCUUAUGAAGUUUUCUGCGAUGCUUCUAAGAAAGGUUUAGGUGGAGUGUUGAUGCAAGAUGGACAGGUUGUAGCUUAUGCAUCUAGACAAUUGAGAUCGCAUGAAGAGAAUUAUCCUACUCAUGACCUUGAACUCGCUGCAAUUGUGUUUGCGCUCAAGAGGAGAUGGAUGGAGUACUUGAAGGACUUUGAUUUUGAUUUGAAGUACCAUCCCGGUAAAGCUAAUAAGGUAGCGGAUGCCUUGAGUAGAAAAGAGAUAAAAGUUGCAGAGUUGAUGAUGUUAGAGUUUGGCCUUAUGGAGAAGUUCAGAAAUUUGGAUUUACAAUUUGAGUGCGCACCAACGGGUGUGUUGAUAAGUAACUUGUGUAUUGAGAAUGAGUUGCGGGAAAGGAUCCGUCAAGCACAGUGGAAUGAUGUAGAAUUGCAGGCUAAAGCAAACCUUCCAGAUUUCGUUCGUACAUCUGAUGGACUCAUUCUUUUUGGACGAAGGAUAUGUGUGCCAAACAACGGGGAGUUAAGGAGAGCAGUGUGUGAUUUGCCAACAAGUAAAGAUAGAGCACCAAAGGCCCGGUGGUAUGUUGCAACCAUUGGAUAUUCCUGUUUGGAAAUGGGACAGUAUAUCCAUGGACUUCAUUGUGGGACUACCACGGUAUUAGGUGGGCAUGACUCGAUAUGGGUGAUAGUGGACCGUUUGACUAAGUCCGCGCAUUUCUUACCGGUUAAGACAACUCACAAGGUUUCUCACCUUGCGAGGCUUUUUGUAGUGGAAAUUGUAAGAUUGCAUGGUGUACCUUCUAGCAUUGUGUCAGAUAGAGAUCCGAAGUUCACUUCCUGGAUUUGGAAAGCUUUUCAUCAAGAGAUGGGUACAGAUCUGAAUUUGAGCACUUCUAACCACCCUCAAACAGAUGGACAAACAGAAAGGACUAUUCAAACCAUUGAGGAUAUGCUAAGGGCAUGUAUCUUGGAAAUUGGUGGAAGUUGGAAAGAUAACUUACCUUUGAUAGAAUUCGCGUAUAACAACAGUUAUCAUGCGAGUAUCGGUAUGGCCCCAUAUGAAGCCUUGUAUGGGAGGAAGUGUCGAUCACCGUUGUGUUGGUCUGAAGUUGGUGAGAAGGGAAUUCUUGGACCGGAGAUAAUUCAAGAAACCACAGAAAAGGUUAAGAUGAUCCGAGAUAAGAUGAAACAAGCUCAAGAUCGACAGAAGAGUUAUGCGGACAAACGAAGGAGACCGUUGGAGUUUGAUGUAGGAGAUCAUGUGUUCUUGAAGUUAGCGUUGCCUCCUUCACUAUCCGGGCUGCAUGACGUAUUCCAUGUGUCUCAAAUGCGCAAGUUCGAGCCGGAUUCGUUUCAUCAUAUCCUACCAGAUACGAUUGAAGUAGAACCAGAUCUUUCAUUCCAACUGAAACCGUGUCGUAUUCUGGAGUAUGCUAGUAAGUCUUUGAGAAGCAAGGAGAUACCUCUUGUCAAGGUGUUGUGGGAAGAGUCGCGAGCUGACGAAGCUACUUGGGAGCUCGAAUCAGAGAUGUGGGAGUUGUAUCCUCACCUGAUCUGGUAA